AAACGAAGGCAGUAGGGUGUUACUUCGUCCAGCAGAGGACGUGUUUUCACGGUCUCUGUGAACCGGAAUGAUAUGAUUUCACCUUGCGUCAAUAUCGCUGUGGAGAGGCACACAUUUGAAUUUAGCUAGAAAUUUGACAUUCAAAUAAAGAUAAAUGCCACUGUAAUACUGUAGCGCUUCUGACUCUUCGUCAAACAGAGAGGAAACAUGAAACAAGACGUCAGGAUACUCUUAUUGGGGGAGCCCAAGGUGGGGAAGACAUCGCUCAUCAUGUCUUUGGUUGGAGAGGAGUUCCCAGAAGAGGUUCCUCCUAGAGCUGAAGAGAUCACUAUCCCUGCUGACGUGACUCCAGAGAAGGUGCCCACACACAUAGUGGACUACUCAGAAAAAGAGCAGAGUGAUGAAAUCCUUAGAAGUGAGAUCAUCAAGGCUAAUGUGGUGUGUGUGGUGUAUGAUGUCACCAAUGAUGACACGAUAGACAAGAUCAAAACUAAGUGGAUACCUUUAGUUAACGGAGACGCAGAGAAAGGGAACAAAGUUCCCAUCAUCCUUGUGGGAAACAAGUCGGAUCUGCGCUGUGGGAGCUCAAUGGAAACCAUUCUUCCCAUCAUGAACCUGUUCUCUGAGAUUGAGACAUGUGUUGAGUGUUCUGCAAAGAACCUGAAAAACAUUUCAGAGCUGUUUUACUAUGCACAGAAGGCAGUUCUUCACCCUACUGCACCUCUUUAUGACCCUGAGGACAAACAGCUAAAACCAUCAUGUGUCAGAGCCCUUAGCAGAAUAUUCUACAUUUCAGACCAGGACAAUGACCGUAUCCUCAGUGACGCGGAACUCAACUGCUUUCAGAAAUCUUGUUUUGGGAAUCCUCUGGCACCUCAAGCCUUAGAAGAUGUGAAGACAGUAGUUUGGAAGAACACCAGCGAUGGGGUGCAGGACAACGGCCUGACCCUAAAUGGUUUCUUGUUCCUUAAUACGUUAUUUAUCCAGAGGGGCCGACAUGAAACCACAUGGACUAUACUCAGGAAGUUUGGUUAUGACGACAACCUUGAUCUGACUGAUGAUUACCUUUACCCUGAACUACGAGUUCCCAUUGGCUGCACCACAGAGCUCAAUCGUUUAGGCCACCAGUUCCUCCAGCGGCUCUUUGACAAGUACGAUGAAGACAAAGACUCUGCCCUGUCACCGACAGAGCUUAGGAACCUGUUUUGCGUAUGUCCUUACAUACCAUGGGGUGCAGAGGUCUACAUGACUGUCCCAACCACAGAAGAGGGCUACAUCUCGUACCACGGCUACCUUUGUCAAUGGACGCUCUCUGCGUACUUUGACAUCCACCGUUGCCUGGAGCACCUAGGAUACCUAGGCUACCCUAUCCUCACUGAGCAGGAGUCACAGACUGCUGCAAUCACAGUAACACAAGAGAAAGAGGAGGACCUGGAAAAGCGCCAGACACAGCGGUCAGUGUUUCUCUGCAAGGUGAUCGGACCGCGGGGGACGGGCAAGACAGCCUUUCUCCAGGCCUUUGUGGGCCGCAACGUUGAGAAUAAGGGAAAUUCCAGCAGUGCCUUCUCCCCCUAUGCCAUAAACACUGUACAAGUCAGCAACCAGGAGAAGUACCUUAUCCUCAAUGAGGUGGAUGUGGAGGUGGAGUUCCUGAAGGCAUCAGAUGCCUCCUGUGAUGUUGCUUGUCUCAUGUAUGACUCCAGUGACCCGCAUUCCUUUGACUAUUGUGCCAGUAUAUACAAGCAACACUACAUGGAGAGCAACAUCCCAUGUGUGCUGGUCGCCUCCAAGGUGGACCUUCCUGAGGUCAAGCAGUUCCACGGGAUGACUCCAGCAGAGUUCUGUUAUAAACACCAGCUGCCUCCACCGCUGCCCUUCUCCAGCCUGUUCCUCGACUCCACCAGCAAGAACAUCUACACCAGGCUCGCCUGGGCAGCAGUGUACCCACACCUGAAUGGUUCAGACAUGAGCAACACAUCCUUCUGGCUGAGAGUGGCGUUGGGCUCGGCUGUGGUUGCCGUUCUCGGCUUUGCUAUCUACAGAUCGGUCGCCAGACUGAAAUGAUCAACAACCAGCUGAGCUUCUUCUUUUUUUUUCCCAGCCGGACUUUCCAUCCAUCCAUCAAGACCAAACCUCAGAGACCAGAGCCACCACAUCAUUUUUCCUUUUAAGGCUCCCAGGAAACUCUUCAUAUCUCUGCCCUUCUUUACUUUGUCCUACCCUCUGAUCACAACAGUCCAAAGGCAAUUGGAAGCUAGUGAUCAUAUUAUUCCCCACUCUGCUGUGCCCAGCUUUUUCUGCCUUACAUUGUAAAACCAGGUUAAGUAGGAGUUAGCCUGACAGCGCUCGGUGCAUUGAAACGCAAAGUAAACUGUUCACAUCCAAACAGGUGCUUUAUCAUAGAGGAGGAAAUGCAGAAAGACAGUUGUGUCUAAUCUAAGCUUACUCCUCGAUUAUCUUUUACGUGUUAAUGGUGAAAUUGAGAGAGUUUUUAUAUACAUGCAGUGUUUCCUAAGCAUAAUACAGGAAAAAUGCCAAAUUGACUAGACUGACGAACCAAAUGGCAGCACAUGGAGCAUUUUUAAGUGAGCAAACAUCCUGAUUGGCUGCCACUGAAUCUCUUGCUGGAGCUCCCCAAUGAACUACACUCUUCCUUCUGACCAUGCCUCCACAGAUACUAGAUGUUCAUAUCUGAUUUGCCAAAUAACUCCAGCAGCAAUGAGUAGUCAUAGCAUGUUAUUUGCCCCUUAGGCAUAUUAUUUUGCUUGAGAAUUAAACAUUUUAAUGUUUUAGCAGUAAGGCCUCCACUGAUCUGCUGUUGCAGGGAUGUGCAUGAAGAAGAAUGGCAGUUUGUUUAUGCAAGAAAUCAGAUAAUAAUUUAUCCUGUAAAAGGAGGCCGAGCAAACCUUAAAAUGACACAAAGGUAACGACAAAUGUGGUCAAAUUAAUUAUUCUGUUCUCAUUGAAAUUGAAUUAAUUGAUUUUAAUUGAGACUGAAAUAGAUAUGAUCUGUGAUUUAUUUUUUAUUUACAUACACCUGACACUGUGCAUACACUUUGACCUUGUUACACAAUCGGUGCAUUGUUUUCCAACAUGAGUCAGUCAUGUUAUGUAUGUUUUAUUGCUUAAUUUAACUGGGGACCUGCGGUUUCUGCAGAAUUCACUUCUGUGACUUUUAAAAUAUGGCUGUUUUUCUUACUGAAAUGGAACUGAUUUAGAUGCUUAAUAAAAGACCAGACUAGACUGGCUGGGGACCUUUUGCCCAAAAAGACAUUAUGGAUGUUGGGAUGAAAGAUCAAUGCUUUAUGUUAAUAUGUUGGACAGUUGGUGCCUUUUUUCCUUUAUUGAACUUGUAGUAGCUAAUUUUUAUGGCUUAUACAUUCUGACUGGAGUUUGUUUUAUUUUAUUUUUUGCAUUUAUACACAUGUAUCAGACUUCAGAGAAUGAGGCAUUACUGUGUAAAAGUGUUAAUAACACUGUAUUAUUGGAGUAUCAUUAAUGUUCCAGAUACCAUAUCAUCUUAAUCACAAAACGUUUGUUGCUAAAGGUAAUUGGUUCCAAAGGUAUUCUGCUGUGCUGUCAACAUUCAUGUUGGAUUACUCUGGUUUGACAUCAAUUACUGCCCUUUCGCACAUAGCAUGUCAAAAUGUAAGGACAGCAUGCCUUGGCGCGUCUGGAUGCCCUGCUUUGAUCAUUCAGCCGGAAGCUGUUUAAUUACAAGGUUAGUUUGGUGAUCUUACACCUGUCUUAAAAGAUGAUAAUGAAUA